AUGCCAACCAGCACGUCUGCGCCUGAAAAAUCGAGACAGACCUCCGCUGGGAAGUCGUUCUUCGGAAGGAAGUUACACAAAGAGAAGUCGGUAGACGAACGUUACGACUCGCAUGGCUCGCACGAUAGCCUGGCGCCUCCUGGGAGCGUCCCCGGCUCUCGCUCAUCCCGCCAUUCCAAACGGUCCUCCGUCCAGUCCGUGGAUUAUCCCCACGAGUUUGAUCCCACGGGCGUGUCCAUGACCGCAGGUGUCCUGACUUCGAUCCCCUACGAGAGCUUACCCGCCGAUACCCGAUCGCCUGUCCCCGUCGAUCACCUGUCAAGACCUAGCUCGUCCUCACGCAAGGAACCGUCACCUAACCAUCUCGCCAAAGGAAACAGCGACUACCACCAGUACCCGGCAUGGAACCCGGCCAGCGCCCCCAACAAUAAUACCACCCCCGCCAACAACACCAACAGCGCUUCGUCGCACCCAACUGGCCCCCGGCCACCUCCGCAUGGCUUGAAUGUGACCAUGACGGCAAGUACAUCGGGGGAUAAGGGCGCUCGAUAUCAACAGUGGGGACGCCCGGGCAGCUCUGCCGCCAAUACUGGCUUUAGCCAUAGCUCCUCUUCUACGCUUGAUUCGUCGGCGCAGUCGCGGUUGUCCUUCGACCAGCUUAGUGUUCAUUCAUCGAUGUCAUCUAACACUCGUGGUUCAAGCUAUUAUGCAUCAGAGAGCUCCUCGCGCACGCUGACACCUUCGCAUUCCGCCGAUCGCACAACCUAUGCAUCAAAUGGCAGUUCUAGCCGCCUGUCGAAUGCACAGGCGGCAUGGCAAUCAACCCAGCCCGCUCAACCACCCAAGAUUCCGGUCAACCAGGAGCAAUACCUCGCCCGGCCGAGGGACGAUCGAGUGGUGGAUCAACUGUUUAUCGAGCUGAUGCAGAAACGAGGAUGGCAGAACCUCCCGGAGCAGGCCAAACGACAGAUGCUCGCUUAUCCGGCUUCGAAGAAGUGGACCUUGGUGCACCAGGACCGGUUGACGGAGAUACAGGGGGAACAGAAGCGGCGCCAAAAUGCUCGGCAGACUCACGGCCAUGAUGGACCCUCGGGUAUCCUGGAACGCGCUGAUGAGGAGGGCAGCCCCGAGUGGUAUGUGAAGAAGGUUAUGGACGAUUCAAUCACCUCGAAACAGUUGGCCAGUCUAAGUGUCAGCCUACGAACGCAGCCAAUCAGUUGGGUCAAGGCGUUUGUUGAGGCGCAGGGUCAGAUUGCUUUGACAAAUGUGCUUGCCAAGAUCAAUCGAAGGAAGGCUACAGGUGUCGUCCCAGCUCCCCCGACAGGGGAUAAGGAUUUGGAUCGUGAAUAUGACAUUGUCAAAUGUUUGAAAGCCCUGAUGAACAACAAAUAUGGAGCAGACGAUGCUCUUGCACAUCAACAGGUCAUUGUGGCUCUUGUUAGCUCACUGCUAUCCCCUCGACUGAAUACGCGAAAGCUGGUCAGCGAAGUAUUAACCUUUCUCUGUCACUGGGCCGAAGGUCAUGGGCACCAGAAGGUCCUCCAGGCUAUGGACCAUGUUAAGAAUCAUCAUGGGGAAACCGGCCGCUUUGACGCCUGGAUGCGUAUUGUGGAGGUGACCAUCGAUGGCCGAGGGAAAAUGGGCAGCUUGGUUGGCGCAAGUGAAGAAUAUCGCAGCGGCGGCAUAGGCAUGGAGAAUCAUCUCAUGGAAUAUGCUGUUUCAACCAUGCUGCUCAUCAAUAUGUUGGUGGAUGCGCCCGAGAGCGAUUUGCAGCUCCGCUGUCAUAUCAGGGCCCAGUUCAUUUCUUGCGGCAUCAAGCGCCUCAUGACCAAGAUGGAAGGCUUUCAAUACGAGGUCAUCGACAAGCAAAUUGAACGGUUCAGGGAUAAUGAAGCCAUUGACUACGAAGACCUGCUGCAACGGGAGAGCAGCAGUAUGAAGGACAGCAUCGAGGGCGAGGUCAAGGACAUGAGUGAUCCUUUGCAAAUCACAGACGCCAUCACCGCCAGGAUCCAGGGCACUCGGGCUCAUGAUUACUUCCUAUCGGCCAUGCAGCACAUGCUCCUGAUCCGGGAGAAUUCUGGCGAGGAUGGUCUUCGUAUGUACCAGCUGGUGGACGCUAUGCUCAGCUAUGUCGCUAUGGACCGUAGGCUUCCCGAUCUUGACCUCCGACAAGGGUUGACCUUCACCGUGCAAAGUCUGCUGGACCGCCUACAUACAGACUCCGAGGCAAGACGGGCUUACGAUGAAUCCUUGGAAGCUCGCCAGAUCGCGGAGGCUGCGCUUGCGGAGCGCGAUGAGAUGAAGGCCCAGGUAGAGCUUGGCGCAGAUGGCUUGGUUAAGAAGCUGCAGAAACAGAUCGAUGAGCAGACAGGGAUUAUCGAGCUGCAACGGAGACGUGAGGAAGCGAUGCAGGCGGAGCUUGCGGAUGUUCAGAGACUGCGGGCUCAAGAGUUACAGCGGAAUGAGCUGGAAACUCGAGAACUCUACCUCAUGCUCCGAGACGCUCAAGAUAUAGCUGCAUCGAAUGCCAAGAAGAGCAACAUGGCCGAAGCGGAUCCUUCACAGAUGAGAGGCAUCCUCGACCGAGAGAAGCUUCUGGAGCGAUUGGAGAUGCAGCUCGAGCGGACCAAGACACAAUUCAAGCUGGAGGGCAAGGUAUGGGGUCAACAUGUUACCUCAGAUAGACUGCGUGAGCUUCGAGAGCAGAUGGAUGGCGAAGCCGAUGUCGACAAUGAGUUUGGACAAAGGACAGGUCAAGGCCUGGACGUCAACGCCUUUGGAUCGGUUCAUCGGAAGAGAAGCCAUCUACCGGGCAUGGACCAAGACGACAGUUCCGAGAUUCAGACGCCGGUCGAUGAAUCCGGUGAGGUCAUAUACGAGAAGGCACGCCUUGUGGAUCUUCAUCGGCCCAAAGUCAACCCUAAGCAUGCCAACGGUCUCCUGGGAGAAAUUGCCUCGAAGGUUCCCAAGAUUGAUGCUGAGGAGGCUGAGGAUGCUGAGGCAAAUGGCUCCGUGGACAACAAACUUGCUGGACCUGGAGCAGAAGAUCCCACUGCCAGCUCACAUCAAGAAGGAGCCAGGGUCGAGGGGCUGGGGUUUGCUCCUCCACCUCCCCCGCCUCCGCCCCCGCCCCCACCGCCAGGAGCUGUUGGGGUUCCACCUCCGCCCCCUCCGCCUCCUCCACCACCCGGAAAAUCAGGGUUCCCGCCACCUCCGCCCCCUCCUCCCCCGCCGCCCGGUGGAAGACCUGGCCCCCCCCCACCACCUCCUCCGCCCGGUGCUUCUUUCGGUGCCCCUCCACCCCCUCCACCGCCUGGUGCUGGUGGAUUCGGAGGCUGGCGCGCAAACUACAUGGCUUCCCAAGCCCUGCCUCAUCACCAGACAGCUCUCAUGCCAUCUAUUCGGCCAAAGAAGAAACUCAAGGCACUUCAUUGGGAUAAGGUCGAUACUCCGCAGGUGACCGUGUGGGCAUCUCAUGCUCCUACUGCCCAAGCAAAGGAGGAGAAGUAUGUGGAGUUGGCGAAGAAGGGAGUCUUGGAUGAAGUCGAGAGACUGUUCAUGGCAAAAGAAACCAAGAUUUUCGGCAAGGGCGCGGGAGGCAAGCAGCGUACGGAUAAGAAACAACUCAUCUCCAACGAGCUGUCCAAGACUUUCCAGAUUGCUAUGGCCAAAUUCUCUCAAUUCCCUGCUGACGAUGUUGUACGAAUGAUUAUUCAUUGCGACACGGAAAUUCUCGACAACAUGGUCGUUAUGGAUUUCCUACAGAGGGAUGAGAUGUGCACCAUUCCCGAGAAUAUCUCAAAGUCUAUGGCGCCAUACAGCAGAGAUUGGACCGGUCCAGAUGCCGCCAGCGCCGAGCGGGAGCAGGAUCCCACUGAGCUCACGCGCGAAGACCAGAUCUACCUUUAUACCGCGUUCGAACUGCACCAUUAUUGGAAGGCAAGAAUGCGUGCUCUUGCGUUGACACGCUCGUAUGAGCCAGACUAUGAACAUAUCUCCGCCAAACUGCAGCAAGUCGUGCAGGUCAGCGAGUCUCUGAGAGACUCCGUGGCCCUAAUGAAUGUUCUUGGCUUGAUCUUGGACAUUGGUAAUUUCAUGAACGAUGCCAAUAAGCAAGCUCAAGGUUUCAAACUGAGUUCCCUCGCCCGCCUCGGUAUGGUGAAGGAUGACAAGAACGAGACUACAUUUGCAGACCUGGUGGAGCGAAUUGUUCGAAACCAGUAUCCCGAGUGGGAGGGCUUUGUGGAUGAGAUUAACGGCGUUGUCGCCAUUCAGAAGCUCAACGUCGACCAACUGCGCACGGAUGCUAAGAAGUACAUAGAUAAUAUCAAGAACGUCCAAGCCAGCUUGGACGCUGGCAAUCUUAGUGAUCCGAAGAAAUUCCAUCCUCAGGAUCGGGUCAGUCAGAUCGUUCAAAGAAGCAUGAAGGAUGCUCGUCGCAAGGCCGAGCAGAUGCAGCUCUACCUGGACGAGAUGGCCAAGAGCUAUGAUGAUAUCAUGGUGUUCUACGGAGAGGACAACACGGAUGAAGGCGCCAGGCGGGAUUUCUUCGCCAAGUUGGCUACAUUCUUGCUGGAGUGGAGGAAAUCCAAGGAGAAGAAUAUCAGCCUGGAGGAGAAUCGGAAACGCAUCGAGGCAUCUCUGUCUCGCAAGCGGGUCAAUGCAGGCCUGGCGAACGGCGCCGGUACAGCUACAGAAGGGCCACAGUCACCCGCCACCAGCGGUGCUAUGGAUUCACUUCUGGAGAAGCUGCGUGCGGCGGCUCCUCAGGCGAGGGAUCAACGCGAUCGUCGGCGUCGCGCCCGCUUGAAGGAGAGACAUCAAGUCCGCGUGGCUUCGGGACAGAAAAUGCCAGAUGCCGCUGGGUCUGAAGGCGCAGAAGCCGGACAGACCGAAGAGACUGGCAGCAACGACACGAGCAAUGCGAGUGCAAUCGAUGCCGACUCGGCCAACACGGGCCUUUUGAGUCCUCCGGCUCUGGAGUCCGAAGCUCCUGAGAAAUCGAGCCAAGACGCUCAGCCUGUGUUAGAAAGUGAUGAUGUUGCGGACCGGGCUGCAAGCAUGCUGCAGGGUCUUCGGGACAAUGUUGACGGCGAGCGUCAAAGAAGAAGACGUGAGACAGCCGAGGAAGAGCGGCGUAAACGCAGGCUGCGGAGACGCAACGGUGCUGCUAGUACCAGCAAAGACAGCGCCGAUGGCUUCGUGGUAGCCUCUGCGUCCGAACCACUUUCCCCUCCCCGCACGGAUCCGAUUGAGCCGGAUGAUGUGAGUGUCGCCAGUCCUCGAGACGGAGAUGAGACAGCUCCUCGAACACCCUUGACGCCAUCUAUCGUGGUAUCGCCAACCGUCGACCAGAAACUUCAGUUACCUGGCGAUGACGAGCCGAGCGAAGGCUCUCCCUAAACAAUUCCGUGGAGUAGAUUGGCUACUACCUAUAUUUCUCUACUCCAUGUCCCUCUUUCCUUCCCUUCCCUUUCCACUCCGCAACGCACAUUUCUCUCUCCCGUGCAUUUGAUGCAUGAACUAAUCGCAUUCCUUCUU